AGUACAUGCCCGUUUUCUACCGAAUCGAAUCCUCAUAGCCAAACGCCCACCCCACCCGCACGACGACACCGACAAUCGAAGCAAAGCGGCGCCGGCCGUCGCCGCCUACCUAGCGUUCCCCCGUCUCGCCCCGCUGGUUUUGCUCUCUCCGGCGGGCGGGAUCUCCUCUGCAGCAGGAAGUAGUAUCAUUGUCCAAUUAAUAGGACGGCUUUGAAAUGACGAACAAUCUAACAAGCCAAGAAACAAGAUCUUGCCAUGCUCGUGGUGAAGCAAUCAGCAAGAAUGGAAGACCAAUCAUUCGAUUCGAAGAACUUCCACGGGACGUUCUGUACACAAUUGUGUCGAAACUGCCACCAAAAGAGUUUGCGAGGACUAGUAUUUUGUCAAGUGAGUGGAGAUGCAUGUGGUCAGCGUGUCCCAGAUUAACAUUCGAUGGUGUUGCAGUGUGCAAAUGCGACAGGGCUGAGUUGCACCAACACACUGAGAAAUUCAUCCAUGAGGUUAAUGCAGUUUUGCAGAAACAUCAUGGCAUGGUGGUUGAGACAUUGGAAGUCAGAAUCGAUUUUGUUGACAGCCUACUAGUGCAUCACCUCAAUGAUUGGGUUGCUUUUGCUAUGUCAUCACGAACAAAGAACCUAACUUUGGAUCUAAAGCCCAAAAAAUUUUGGGAAUACAACGACCGCUAUGUGUUUCCUUUCAAACUUUUAGACAAUGGAAGCAUAUCACGUCUACAGCAUAUGCAGCUUAGCUUUGUAUCUCUGAAGCCACCUUCUCGGUUCAGAGGUUUCCCAAAUCUAAGAAAGCUUCAUAUACAAUCACUGCAUGUCAGCAAUAAGGAUCUUGAACAUGUGUUGUCCCAUUGUUGUAAUCUUGUGUGGCUACGGAUAGACAGAUGCGAUCUCAAUGAUGAACUAACGGUGGAUGGUUCGCUGUCCCAUCUCCUGUACUUGCACGUUGAGUGCUGCAAAUUAACCAAGAUAAAAUUCCAUGCUGUGAGUCUAGCUACCUUUCAAUACGAAGGAGCCUUUGUACCUAUUGACCUCAGCCACUCUUCGAAGCUGCAAAAUGCAUAUAUACAAUUGAAUGAGGCAGUUUUUCAGCAUGUUCUCACAUCACUUCUCGUUGGGCUUCCGAACGUGCAAAAUUUGACUUUGCGUAUUCAUUGGCAACAUCUUGAGAAGCAAUGGUUGUGGGAUAAUCCUAGGAAGUUUUCUCAUCUCAGGCACUUGCAGUUAUUCAUGUUUUCACAUCCAAAAGAUGUUGACAAAGUUCUUUAUUCAGUAUCGUUUCUGAGGGCCACUCCUUUCAUCGAAAAGUUGGAGGUCCAUUUUACGGGCUUCCACUUAUGGUUGGCAAAUGUGGGUCCUCGCAGGCAGGACUUUGGGCAUUGUAAAUAUAAUUAUUUGAAGAACAUGUGCAUUACAGGAUUCAAAGCAGCAAGAGGACAAGUCGAAUUUCUUUUACAUGUCGUUGAAAAUGCGCCUGCACUGGAGAAUGUAACUAUAAAUACAAAUCAACAGGCAUCUAAGGAACGUUGGCCAUAUGGAGGCAGUGGACCACCCUUUGAGGAAGCUAAGCGGAUUGCUAUAACUAGCUUGAGUGUAGCACUCCCACAAAAUGUCAAGUUUUGUGUUAUCUAGUUAUUGCAUAAGGUAUGGGUAAAAAAGAAGUUUCCUCUUUCAAAACUUUCUAACAAAAGUGAAGUUUGUGUUGUUCAGUUCUUGUGUAAAGCAGGUGAUCGGCAGGAAAAUUGCUAUUAGUGUGGCUAUGUUCUUGUAUUAACUUCUACAGCUUAGUUUUUGUUGGUGAAAGAAACUGUUUUCCACGAAUAAGAUGCGGCGAGAACUAGCUCGCUAGAGUGGCUCAAGCUUAUGGGAGAAGUGUAGAGGAAACGAUUGCCUGGAGUGAUUGUCAAAAUCUGCUACCCCUGGCACC